UUCUGUGGUUCCAGGCUUGCAAACCAAUCCUCCAGAAAGGAAUCGUUGGAAAAAAGUAAUGGGUUUGCUUCAAAGCCAACCGAAUCUCACUCGUUUCCUCGCCUCCUCAUACUUACAUUGCAUCUCUCUCUCUCUCUUUCUCUUACGAUACACACCUGUAUAUAUCAAAAUAUAUGCCUAUAUAUAUAUAUAUAUGUAUAACUUCCAAGUUUGGAAACACCAAGGCUGGCAUUGGUAUUUGGCAUUUGGUAACCAAAUACUUCACGGUUACUAUACUAUUCACGGGGGCGCUUUUUGAGUCUUUUGAUCAUUUCCUAUUCUCACCACCAUUCCCACUAUAAUUACACCCCCACCCCCACUUUAAUUUCUCUCUCUCUCAUUAAAAAUAUCCUUCUCUCUUUUUUUCUUUCUUUUGUCUGCUUGCUUUUUUUUCUUUUUUUGUUGGUCUAGUUGUCUUUGAAGAUGAACAUUAUGGAUGCUCAAGACGAAGUCAAAGAUAAUUCCCACAUGAUCAAAGGCAAGCGAACCAAGCGUCAAAGGCCACUAUCACCGCUUGCUUUAACCAUGGCUUCCUGUUCCUCCGGUGAUAACGGCGGUGAAAGUGGAAGAGUCGUCAGUGAGAAUUCCGGUGGAAUCGUUGACGGUGGUGUUAUAACGGCUUCACCCACCACGUCCAAUGACUUUGCUGCCGAGAGUACCGAGGAAGAGGAAGACAUGGCCAAUUGUUUGAUUCUUUUGGCUCGUGGUUAUACUACUACUACGGGCCGGAAAAUCCGAGGUCAGCCCGUGACAUCGUCGUCAACGAUGACGAUGAGUGGCGGUACGAAAGGAGGAGGAGGAGGAGGAGGAGGAGGGGGUAUGUAUGUUUAUCAGUGCAAGACUUGUAACCGGUGUUUUCCAUCUUUUCAAGCACUUGGUGGGCAUAGAGCCAGUCACAAGAAACCUAAGGCGGCUUCCAAUAACAAUAAUAAUAAUGUUUUGGAUGAUAAAAAAGGUUUGGUUUUUAUGGAAGCUGCAGAACAUGUUGAUCAUUUCAAUCACGCUAGUACUGCUCUUUCUUUGCAAAUAUCCAACAGGGGUGUUUCCGGUCAUAGUCAGAGCAAAGCUAAUAAGCUCCACGAGUGUUCCAUUUGUGGAGCUGAGUUUACAUCUGGUCAAGCUUUAGGUGGUCAUAUGAGGAGGCACAGAACCUUCAUGAACACUAGCACUGCUACCACAACAACAACAACCACGACGACGACGUUGAGCGUUGGAACCAGUACUAGUCCUGAGUCUCAGGAAUCGAAGAAAGCAAGAAAUGUUAAUCUACAGUUAGAUCUUAAUCUUCCUGCACCCGAAGACGAUCGCCGGGAAAACAAGUUUCCUUUUACAGCCAAGGAACAAGUUAUUGUCUUCUCUGCUUCUCCUCUGGUGGAUUGCCAUUACUGAUGAUCAAGUAGUGGAUAAAAAAAAAAAAAAAAAAAAAAAAUUUCCAUCUUUUUAAUUAAAUCUGCUUGGGAUUUGGAGUUUAAUUUAGCUCACCCCAAAAUCAAUGUGAAUUCUCAAUUCUUCUCAUUAAUCCUCAAUUCUUUACAUAUUCUUUUUUA